CCCCGCUCCGCCCCGCUCAGCAACCGCCUCCCACUCCCCGUCCCCUGCCUGCGCGGAAGGAGGCGCUGCUGGGCGGCUGUCUGCAGGCGCCGCACCCGCUCUGCCAUCCCCAGCCCGGGACCUGCGAGUGAAGCCGGAGCCCGGAGCCGCUCUGGCGCGGGCCCUUGCUGGUCGCUUUUUUCCUGAAGUGGGGCCCUGGCGGAGUUCCUCCUCCGCCUCUCCCUGCAAACGCCAUGCGGAGCGCCAUGGGCUUCCCUGCGCUGUGCCUGCUCCUAGGUCUUCAGGCUGCAGGGUGCUUUUCAGGAAACAAUGAUCACAUUUUGGCAAUUCAUCAUAAGAGGAGUGGGAAGCCAGCAUUUCUUUAUCACCAUUCACAAGACAUGGAGAAGAGCCUGGAUAUAGCUCCACAGAAGAUAUAUAAACAUUCUUCUUCUGAAACUCAAAUAAACAAAAACCACCAAAUUGUUAAGUCAGCAUUUCUUAGGCCUGCGUAUGAUCCAUCUCUCAAUCUGUUGGCCGUGGCUGGUCAAGACCUUGAAGUUGAAAACCUUCCAAUCCCUGCAGCAAAUGUAAUUGUGGUGGUAAGUACUGCACUUAACUGAUGUUUAUGCUGGUGCUUUUCUCUGUGGUUGAUGCUGAAAAAAAAAAGAAGAAAACUAAUGAUGAAUAGUUAUCUUUGGAUU